AGAGAGAGAGACGGAACAUGGGUCCCCAUGGGGGGGGCGGGACCCCUGCGCGCGAUCCCUUGCUCAGACACGGUCAAGGUCACAGUGCUGUAUUUUGCCAGAAGUGCUGAAUUAGCAGGGCUGCGCACAGAGACCAUCUCCGUGCCCCAACAGAUAACCUCACUACAGCUGUGGAGAGAAAUUGUCAAGAGACAUUCAAGACUUGCUGAUAUUGAAGAUCAAGUUGUCUUUGCCAUUUGUCAGGAAUACGUACCCCUUGGGGAUCAGCAGUUCAUCCUCCACACAGGGGACGAAGUUGCCAUCAUCCCACCUCUUAGUGGAGGUUAGCUCUAGGAAGAUACCUACAG